AUGAUCAUGACGAGUACGGUGUUGCCGAUUCUGUGCCUGAUGGACUGGAAUUCGCCCAAAUGUCGUCUGAAUGCACCUCCACCCCGUUUUGCACCCAACUACGAUGUGAACAAGGCACGAGCGCACGAUUUGGCACGAAAUCGUGCCAAGUCUGCUAUCAGAGGAAGUGAAAGCGAUGCUAUCGCUGCGACUACUUCACCACCACUCAAGGACCUCAGGCCACUCGAGGUGCCCAGUUCGGACUACACAAAUGGUUUCUUCACGCCCAUCCUCCCGUCUGCAGCGACAGCUCCUCGCCGAGCUGUUCAUUCGAAGGCCACUAUGGCGACCACGACCGGACCGCCUCGAGUCGUUUAUCUUUCUGACUAUGACGCCGACUACGAGGCGUCGGCCGAUGUGCAACAAGCACCUGUCACGAAACCUCUAGAACACACCACGACACGCACGGUCACCGUAUUGCCUCGACCGUAUGAGAGCGUUCGCGAGGCGGCUAAAGAGAAUCCCGACUAUCUAGGGGAUAGCAUCUGGGCCAGUGUCGAUCUGCUUCCCGAACCGAUGGUGACUGGACCGGCAUGGAGGACGCAUCUGACGCGGAACGCCACUCGCUCGACUGCCGCCAUGACAUCGCCAACGAUGGUGAAGACGUCGACACGAGCCCCUGCUGCCGUAUGGAAGACACCGCCAACAACGCGACGUGUGCCGAAGCUCCAGAAGACGACACCGUUUUACGCC